CUGACGCCGACGCGAGUGCAACGUGUGACAGCAACAAGGAUGGACAGUCAUUCGCGGCGGUGAGUCACGUGUACGCUGGUGUGCGUACGCUGGUGUAUGCGUUGUAUGUGUUGUGUAUGGGUACAGGUAUACCCGAACGGCGAGCAACAAAUUACUCGGUCGCCGCAUGGCUCGUGUCGUUGAGAGGGGAUCAGUUACGCGUUCGUCGAUCAAGCAUCUUACGGAGCGGCUCCUUGUCACUCACGGCCGUUCGAUAUUGCCCACGUGAAACGCCUCGAUCAUGCGAUGACGGUUUUCAAUUACCUUUGUAGAACUGCAACGGGACGGAAAGUGUAGACGUAAUGUUAUCGGCUUUACUUCACACAACAGGGAAUGUUGCAGCUUUUACAAUCGCCUCCUAUUAAUCUAAAUAGAAAUCUGCGCUUUUUCUUUCGAAAUGAAUCGAGUUUUGUACCAAAGAAAAUACUUAUCGUGGCAAAGUUAUCCCGGUAUCAUUUUGAAAAGUUGAUGGAACCUGAACUUGAUGAGGCCCAGUUAAAGUUAAAAUUGUUAGAAAGAGGCUCCGAUUAUGAUGCCAUGCUUGCUAGUCACUUAACUACCAAAGCUGUGGAAAAUCAAGUUACUCAAAUCUUACAGAAGAUGAAUGUGGAAUAUAGGAUAAUAGACAGAACAAGUUUAGACCAGUCAUAUUUUACAUGGGCAGAUUUAGUGUUACCAAUCGGCGGUGAUGGAACAUUUCUCUUAGCUUCGAAUUUAAUAUUUGAUAAUAAAAAGCCUAUAAUAGGCAUCAAUUCAAAUCCCGAGAAAUCAGAAGGUUAUCUUUUGUUAUCGGCAAAGUAUACUAAGGCCAUUCCAGAAAUUUUUGAAAUGCUGAAAGCAGGGCACUAUAGUAUACUUAUGCGAAGACGAAUUCGGAUCACUUUAAAAGGAGAUGAAAUAUGGCAAGAGCCAUUUCAUAUGCAUGAAAAAGGACGCGUGGUUGGUGACAGGUUUUAUACGAAGAAACAAUUUAAUAAGCACAAAGAAUUACCAAAAGAAAGGCGUUUACCUUGGUUAGCACUUAAUGAAGUUUUCAUGGGCGAAACAUUAUCGGCACGAACAAGUUCCUUACUUAUAAAGAUGGAUGAGAAACAAAAGUAUCAAAAAGUAAAAGGCUCCGGUUUGUGCGUGAGCACUGGAACAGGGUCAACGUCUUGGUAUAAAUCUAUACACAGCGUAAAUUAUCAAACUGUGCAAGAAAUAUUAAAUCUUGUAGAUACCAAGCGAGAAUUUACCAACGAUGAAAUUGAGAUGAUCUGUUCGAUGUUCAAUGGUAGCUUACGAUUCGAUGCAGAAGAUUCCAAAUUGUGUUAUUCCAUACGGGACCUGAUAAUGACCAACGCAAUGCCCGUGCCGAAGGGCAUAUCCACUCGUGGCUUCUGUGAAAAAAUGAUUGUGAAAUCGCAGUGUUUUGACGCCAGUUUAGUUCUUGAUGGCGGUAUAGCGGUUCCCUUUAACUUCGGCACCAUCGCAAAGAUUGAGACUUUUUCUGAAGACUCACUGCGAACUAUCACUCUUCCUGAUUGAUUCGAUGGAUUUUAAUGGAUUAUGAUACUUAGAUAGCAUUUUUUUUCUAAAUAUACAAUUUUAUUACUACGUAAAUACCAUUCCCGCAUUUGUGUAUU